AUGUCGAAGGACAGAAAACAGAUAGGCCCACUCAACCCUGUCGAAGGCCUUCUCAGCAUCAAGAGAUAUGACAGCCUCUUGUUCGGCAGGAGAAGGCAGACUGUGGAUGACGCUGAGAAGUCUUCGGACAUUUGUGAAGGAGUGCCUCCCCCUUAUAAAUCCCGUCUGAUCUUCCGAGAUAAUGGAGGAUGUGUCAUAAUCUUUGUGCGUUUCACCGGAGCAUUCAACCCACCAGUAUUCAGAGAUAGUAUCCUGACCCCCUGUCCACCACCAGUCCCUGUACCAGUUACAUUAGCCAUGACACCGCGUAUAGCAUCGAAAGUGUCAGUCAAUAUGGCACACCAUAUCCAUCCAUCACUUCGGUUUCCAGACAGGAAGACCACACCCGUACCAGAGGAUACACCAAAGGUCCAGGGCUACGACUUCAACCAGGGAGUGGACCACCACGCCCUGCUGAAGUCUUACUUCAACACAGGCUUCCAGGCUACUAAUGUUGGCUUGGCUAUCCAGGAGAUCAACAACAUGAUCGAUAGGCGUCAGCAACCUAUGAAAGCGGUGAACGGAUUUGUUGAUGAAGACCCAUCCACCUGCCCCUGCCUCAGGAGCUGCACCAUCUUCCUCAGUUACACCUCAAACCUCAUCAGCUGUGGAGUCAGGGAGAGUAUCCGCUACCUUGUAGAACACAAAAUGGUGGAUGUCUUAGCGACCACAGCUGGAGGUAUAGAGGAGGAUCUGAUCAAGUGUUUGGGCCCGGUUUACCUAGGAGCCUUUACUCUGUCUGGCAAGGAUCUGUAUGAAAAAGGCCUGAACAGGAUUGGAAACACUCUGAUGCCCGAAGACAACUAUGACAAAUUUGACCAAUGGAUGAGGCCGAUUUUGAAGCAGAUGCUGCUGGAGCAGAACACUCAGGGCGUUCGCUGGACUCCAUCUAAGGUGAUCCAUCGACUUGGCAAGGAGAUCAACAACCCUGAAUCUGUUUGCUACUGGGCCUACAAGAAUAACAUCCCGGUGUUCAGCCCCGCCCUGACAGACGGCGCUAUAGGAGACAUGUUCUACCUCUUCUCAGUUGAGAACCCCGGCUUGAUAGUGGACAUAGUUGAAGAUGUUUCAAAGUUGAACAACCUUGCAGUGGCUGCCAACAGCUCAGGGGUGAUCAUCCUUGGAGGAGGCGUAGCUAAACACCACAUAUGCAAUGCUAAUACAUGGAGGAAUGGAGCUGACUUUGCGGUGUAUGUGAACACGGCUCUGGAGUUUGAUGGUUGUGACUCAGGGGCCAGACCCGAUGAGGCCGUGUCCUGGGGCAAGAUCAGAACAAAUGCUAAACCUGUGAAGGUGUUUGCUGAUGCUUCCAUAAUUUUUCCCUUAUUGGUGGCAGAGACCUUUGCAGUUCAUGCUAAUAAGAUGACAGCUGGCAAGAAAAACAAGUAA